CCUGUACAAAGCUAAAAAAUAAAAUAAAUUUGGAGUCUUAAAAAAUUUCUGUAUAAAUUAGCAGGAUGUUUCAAACAAGUUUGGCCAUUAUCUUUUGUAUUUGUUGUUCGAUUGGAAUCCUAAGACUCAAUGCCACUCCAAUUCCAUCGGCGGCCUUAUCCCAAGGAACAACUAGCAUUGAGGUCGAUUCUAUGGAACCCAUGGAAGCACAGGAAACUUCUAGAAACCCUUUAGCCACGCCCACCCGGGAGUCCCAAGAAUGGAAACAAGUAACGUCCCUUUACGAGGUUCUAGCUCCCACUCCCAAUAGGGAUAGAUCCCGCGUGAAGAGAUUUCUGGGUGGAUUGGCACCUGGUCUCCGCUUAUUUCCGGUUAACGAUGGCUAUGGCAACCCAGCCAAGCGGCGGUCGAGAACGAAGAACCCGAGGCGGCUCAAGGAUAAGACGACCAAGAAAUCGACCCAAAUGGCUAAAUUUCGGGCCGAAGGUGAAGACGAUGAGGCGGGCGAGGCAGGUGAUGCUAGACAGGCAGAGGCAACUACGGGAGCCUUCGUGCGUCCAACGGAGCUGACCAUUUCCAUUCGCAAAACGGACAAGUUCGGCCAGUGGGUCUACAAUCCCUGGGGCGCCACCUUCGGCAAAGUGUGGCAGGACACCCGCUUCCAUGUGAACCACCAGAGCCGAAUGCCCCGCCUGCAUAUCGACUCGGACCCCGGCAUGGACUACUAUCCCGAUGACGAGGGCAUAAGCACCGUCUGCCUGGGCCGCUCGACCGUCUACAAUGUGCCCAGGAUCAUGAAGUAUUUGACGGGCAAGCGGUAUCGAUCGCCCCACGUGAAACGGGCUAUUUGGAUGGGUUACCGCCGGAACAUCUUCAAGCUGGGCAGGUCGGAGGAGUGCCGCACGAUGAACCUCACCGAGUGGCUGCCGUUCCAGGAAUGCAAUCUCAGACGCCACCAGCGGAUGGACCAUAUUUUGUGAACUCCUUUUAACAACAGUUCCUUAAUAAACGCCUUGUAAUAUUA